UCAAAGAGGAAAGAAGGAUGUCUCAUUCUCUCUACAGUCUAUGGUCUUUUAACUGUCUGCUAAAGAUAAAUUAAAUGCCCUUAAAUUUAUUUUCUACUGUUCUUUACCAAUGAAAGUGCCACACGUGGUAUUUUCAUCGAUAAAUCAGGCGAGAAAGCCGGUAAAUUGGAAAGCUUGUCUCCGGGAGUGAAAAGAUGCCUGCAGCAGAAGAAUCACAUGGUAUAAACAAAGCUGUGGACAACAUCUGUAAAAUUUCUCCAGAUCUGCUGGCUAACACAUGUCAGCACAUUCUGACUUAUCUACAAGGCCACACACGAGGAGUGGAUUCAGCUGAAAUUUCUGAUAGAUUUCAGCAGGCUGGAGUCCAACUUGAACAUGAAGCUCUACAAAGCAUCAUCAGAUUUCUCCUGUUAACGUUCAGGUCAGCUGGGAAAAGCAACCUCUCUGGGGAUGACCUUGUGUCCAGGCUUGAAGAAAGCAGUAAUAAGUGGCCUAAAGCUUCCCUUCAGGUUCUACACAAGUUGUGGAGUGAACAUGGUGCAUCAGUCCAUGCUCAGCAGGAGGUACACGCCACGCUCAGUAUCAACCAGUUGGUAGACAUGCAGUGGAAGCUCGGAAUGGCAGUGAGCUCUGACACCUGCAGAUCUCUAAACUCCCCGUAUGUUUCUCUGCUGCUGAAGAUGGUCGAGCCCUCGGGUCAGAUUACUCACAGGUCCUUUGAGAUGACCAUCCCACAGUUCCAGAACUUUCACAAGCAGUUCAAGGAGAUGGCAGCUGUUAUGGAGACAGUGUGAUGGCUGCAAACACAGCCAGGUUUACAUGUAACCAACAGAAAAACAGUUGAGACACAAGAGUCUGUCCAUGGCCUGUGUCAAUAUGCAGAUUCAAAUACUCCAUGUUUUUGCACUUAACAUUAUUCUACAAAAUGAUUGAGCUUGUACAUGAUUCAGCUGGUUAAAAAUGCAAAUGCUUUUGUUUACUUUGCAAAAAUGUUAAUAUACCUCCUAUUACCUUAUUUAGCUUUCACAGAUACAGUUUAGUCAGUCAGCAUCUAUUCAGCAUAUCCAUCUAAACUAAUACAAAAAAAACAAAGACUUUUGAUGCUUUUAUCUUUAUCGCCGCAUACAGAGAAGCGUUUGUUUUUCAUACAGCCUUUGCACAUGGAAAGUGAUUGAAAUGUCUGCCAGUAAAAAAAAAAUCUUUAAAGUUAAAAGUGAAUUUACUCAGUGCCUCUUUAUUGAUAUGUUUCCACCAAGCAGGCCAGUUUGGUUUUGUACAGUUCAGCACAGUAAACCCAGAUCAUGCUUCCAGCCUCACUCAUGGUGGUGGGAAUUUCAGCUCUUUUUAAGGAGAUUUGGAUCAUUUAGCUUCAGGGCCAGCUUUUCAGCUCUCAAAUGUUCCUUAAUUUGUUACCAUUUUGGCUUCUUUAUGCCAGUUGAUAUUGAUAUAUAUUGAUUUAUUUAAUGGCUCUCAAACCAGAGCCAGCAACUGUCUUUCACAUAAAAGAUGUGGCUCUUAGCUCAUAAGCUAAUGACCUGGCACUGUGGCUUGUAACUUCUUGUCUUCAUUUGAGUCAUCAUUUCACUGUAGUUUGUACUCCACAGGGUUUACUAGCUAAGCAUUAAAUAACUGCUUCCUAAAAAAGCAUGUUUAUAACAAAAUGUGGGAGAAAAGAUGUCCAGCUCAGUACAAAACAUGUCUUGUUUUGUGUUUGUCCAUUAUUACCCCUGUUAACACAGGAAGUGAAGAUUCUUCUGGCCAGUCAAAAAACUGCAUUGAGCUUAGCUUCUCUUUUUAGGGUCAGAUCCUGUAGAUACACUUCACAUCCAAAAACAUUUGGCCAAAAAAGUUGGAUGGUAUGUAUCAGUUAUCAUGGUACUUUUGGCAGUGUAAACACAAAUAAUUGUGUGCUGUACCAUACUGAACUCAACCUAACCAGACUGCUAGGUAGAAAUGCAGCUAAAGACAGUUUGAAACUAAACUUUUUCAUUUCCAAACUAUACUAGACCAGCUUUAUUUUUUCCAGUUGGUGUCAUGCAUAAUUCAUUCAUAUUUAUAUUAACAAUGCUAUUACUGAAACACUCUUGAGUAUUAUUUAAAUUGUGCCAAUUUUGUUACUAAAUCUCUCUCGAAUGUAGGUGAGAAUAACCCUAGUUGCACUAAACUGAAGCUUGCCUUUUUUUUUAAUGAUUUAGAGAAUAUGCCAAAAUAGUGUCUAACACCACUGUUUUGUAUGUAGCUGUAUUUUUACCUUGUGUACGAGUGAGGUUGAUCAGCCAUCUUUACAAAAUCUGAUUCUGUAAAGUUUCCAUUAGUUGACUAAAAACAUCUUAACUUUACAGAACACUUUUAUUUAUAACGCUUUAAGGUAGAAUAGUCUACAGUUCUAAUGCUUUCAGUAAGUACAUUCAUUAUGACGACUUUCCCUGUUCUUUUGUGUAUUCCAUUAUUUAAUAUUUUGUUGCUCUUAAGAGCUAUUUGUUUUUUUCUACUGUGCUUUAACUAAACUUAACUAUUGCUAAUAAAAUUAUUUAAAUGGAA